UGGCUGCCGGUUGCUAUGGGCUACGCGGCCAGCGCGGUGCAAACGGUCGCGUUUAGCGGAGGCAGCGGCAGGAAAUAAAACUAAAGCUCGGCCGGAGUGUGUGUGUGUGUGUGGUUCUGGUUAUCUGUUGGGGAGCUGUGUCCAGGACCCGGGGUAGGGCCAUUUUACUUCUCCAGCGAGUCGGGGGACCUCCGGGGUUGACGGGGCCCGUUGGCUGGGCCAUUGCUUACACCAGAGGAUUAAAUGAAAACCACCGCAGAUUAAGGUGUGCAGUGUCGGUGUGAGCAUCGGUUCCAGAGAUGGCUUUACCCACAAUCCCUUCUAGAUGGAGCACCAGGAAUCGCGUGCUGGAACAACAAAUUGUUCGUCAAAGGGACCAGGAGGAGCGUCUUCGCAUGCAGUGGGAGCUGCAUCGUCAAUACUUCAAAAUACAUGAUGUCAGGAGCAGUAAACAGGCGCAGUGGAGCUCAAGACAAUCUUACCAGCGAAGUAUGACAGCAUACCACAGAAGUCGUCAGCAGGAGGAAAAAUUGCGUAACCUAGAGCAACGACGGCGAAAGCUACAAAGUUUGCUGCAAGAAGAGCAAGAUCUCUUUGAAGCAGAGCUCCGUGAGCUAAAGAUGGAUCCAGGUCAUUUCAUACAGGAGGCGAAAGAGAAGACUGAGGAAUUGAAAUCAGCUCGUGAAGAACGUAGAAAAAAGGUUGCCGAAGAGUUGUUAUAUGAGCACUGGAAGAAGAACAAUAUCGAACUACGACAAAUUCAGUCAGAUUUGCACAAGAUGCAUGUGACAGACAGCUGGCAUUCGCAGGUCACAGAAAAACGACAGCAAGAAGAGGCAGAGUUGGAGGAGAAGAAAAGCCUGGAGAAUGAAUAUGAAAUUGCACGAAGGCAGGCCAUAGAGCGAAUAAAGCAGGAAGAGGAGAGGAGAAGACAGGAAGACAUGAAGCAAGCAGAGAUUCUGCACCAGCAAAUGGAAGAGCUACGUUUACGGGAGGUUGAGGCAAAGAAACUCAAGCUAGAACAGGAGAAAUUAUUGAAACAGCAGUGGGAGCUGGAGGAGCUAGAAGAGCAAAGGAAACAAUUAGAGCAGCGUCGAAAGAAAUCUGAGUUGGGCCGGAUAUUGAACCGUCAAUACAAGACCCAGAUGAGGAGACGGGCUCAGCAGAUUCAGGAAGAGCUGGAGAUGGAUCGCCAGCUUCUUGCAUCUCUUAUUGAAAAAGAAGAGGUAGACCAAAAACUGCAGUCAGCGAGGCGAGAACGGGCAAUAGCUGAUGCAGCCUGGAUGAAAAAAGUCAUUGAGGAACAGCUCCAGUUGGAGAGGGAGCGGGAGGCAGAAUUGGACAGCAUAUUUAGGGAGGAGGCCCAACGUAUGUGGCAAAAACGAGAAGAGGAGUGGGAGAGGGAAAGACAAGCAAGAAUGCGUUUAAUGCAAGAGGUACUUGUAGGUCGACAGCAGCAAAUCCUGGAGAGAAUCGAGUUGAAUCGACGGGCUCAGGAGGAAUCUGUGCAGCUUCGGGAGAUGCUUAUUCAAGAGUUAGAGGAAGUAAAGGAAAUGACAAAGCGCAAGAAAGAGGAAGAGGAAGAAGUGAAAACAGCCCGCAAGCAGGAGCUGGAAGCUCAGGUUGAAGAACGAAGGAGGAAAGAGUUGGAAGAGUUGCAACGACAACAGGAAGAGGAAAAUGAGGAAAGGCUAGCAGAGAGGCAGAACGAAGAGAUGCUUCAGCGUGAGGCUGAGCUGAUGAGACGGCAGGGAUAUGAGCCCAAGACUUGGCACCGACCACGAAUAGCCUGGACAUAACAUAAAAACUAGGAAAUGCAAAAGUGGUUGUAAAGUGUGAGCUUUCUCUUGGAAUGGAUUGACUGUCUGGAGCAAAUGCACUCGUUGACCUCUCGACAGAGCAGAGAGAGCCAAGUCUUCACUCCCUUUUUGUCUUGCACUUAUUGAAGAAGAAAUAUCAACCUGUGGAAUCAGGACAUUUAGGCUGAAUUUCAUAUGAAGCCAAAGAACUGAUUUAAGUCUGUAAGGAUGGCACCUUCUCUAUAAAUUGCUGGCCUGUGAUUAGUACACAAUUCUUCACAGGUCCCAACCAAUUUUCAUUGCUCAGAAGAUUGUAGUUUUACUCGAAUAGGUGGUUGUGAGUGGCUAGUGGACAAAAUCCAUGUUAUGCUUCUAUCCAUCAAAAGGCAAUCCUGAAACCCCAUCAACCUCUAGUGGAGCUUCAGGUCCACUGGAUUCUGUGGCAGCCUGAAUUGCUUCUAUUCCCACGAUUCUCCUCCUCCUGAGGAUUGAGGAUUAUUUGUGUUCACUCUGGUUUUGUGGAUUCUGGGGUAACUAAUGUGGCCAAUGUUGAAACUGCAGGAUCUACCACAGAUGGGGCAGGAGGUGCUUGUUGGGGCAGCUGGGUGGGCACUUCGUGAAUGGUGUGCCUCUUCCACCAUUGACGCAGGGACUUUGUAUGCUUCCCAAGUGCUGCUCCUCCACUUUGAGCAGCCUUGGGUCAGGGAUUCCUGAGAGUCAUUGGAGAUGUUGCACAUUUUUCGAGGAGGCAUUGAGCACAUCCUUGCGUCUGUUUCUCGGUCUGCCUGGCGGUCUCUUUCUCUGGCAGAGUUUGGAAUGGAGUUCAUUUCAGGAAUCUGGUGUCAGGCAUGUGAGUGACGUGUUCUGCUCAACGGAGCCAAUGAAAGUUUGAGGAACAUCUAUUCAUUUAUACAAGUCCUUAGUGAUAUGUGAGCAACAAUAUCAGUUGAUGUAUUCUAAAGCAAGGAGAUGUAUGGGUUCCUGAUUUUAGUGCUUUUAUGAAGUAGAAGAAGGAGAAAGCUUUAAAAUGUCAGGCCUCGUUCAGGAGCUGGGAAAGAAGAACACAAAAUUUUCACUUGCAAGGUCUAAGGCGCACGUCAUCAGGAGCAAACCAAAAUGCACCAAAUCUGUGUGUGGAACUAUACACAGGUGGCAGUAGGAUAAUGAAAAAUAGGGUACAAGAGAAACUAACACCUGGUGUGCAGCCAGCUUAGUAUAAACAAACAUGAUGUUUUCUGAGUACCAAAUAUUCCAUUUAUAAUGGGCUGUGACCCUUUUGUUUGUAUCACUGUGUUUCCACUGUUUGCAGACCAGCCUAAUGUAAUUGAUUUUCUUUUCUCUGCAGUAGUGGCGCAUUCAUAGAAUCAUAGAACAGUACAGCACAAUACAGGCCCUUCGGCCCACGAUGUUGUGCCAGCCUUUAAACCUCGCCUAAGACUAUCUAACCCCUUCCUACCGCAUAUCCCUCUAUUUUAAAUUCCUCCAUAUGCUUAUCUAGUAAUCUCUUGAAUUUGACCAAUGUACCUGCCUCCACCACCGCCCCAGGCAGUACAUUCCAUGCCCCAACUACUGUCUGGGUAAAAAAACCUUCCUCUGAUAUCUCCCUUGAACUUCCCACCCAUUACUUUGAAGCCAUGCCCUCUUGUAUUGAGCAUUGGUGCCCUGGGAAAGAGGCGCUGGCUGUCCACUCUAUCUAUUCCUCUUAAUAUUUUGUACACCUCUAUCAUGUCUCCUCUCAUCCUCCUCUCCAAAGAGUAAAGCCCUAGCUCCCUUGGUCUCUCCUCAUAAUGCAUACUCUCUAAACCAGGCAGCAUCCUGGUAAAUCUCUGCACCCUUUUCAAUGCUUCCACAUCCUUCCUUCCUAUAAUCCAUUGAACUGAAGAUUCAGCCCCACCAAUGUCUGUUUGGAGACUGGUAGGGGUGAUAUUCAUGCUGGGUGUAUUCUAGUCUAAAUUAUCUAAUUUGUUAAAAGAUGUCCCAUUUUCUGGCUGUCAGUGGUAAGAAGUUGAGGAACUGUCCCUUCUCACCAUGUUCCUGCUUUACCUUGCAAUGUUGCCAAGUUAUGUUGCUGGCCUAAUAUGGGAAAGUGAAACGUACAAUUGGAGAAGUAGCAAUUACUCACUUGCAGUGUGGAACUGAGCUGUGGAGGCCAGGAGAGGAACAGAAACAUAAGCGAUGCCUACAGUUCAGAUUUAAAAUUUUGAUUUUAACAUUGUACCUUUUCGAACAGCAGCAAAUUAGUUCAAAUCUACUCAACUUGUCUUGCAGUUAUUUUUAUGGAUCAUUUCCACAAGGCAUGUCUGCUUGGACCAUGUGAUUAGGAUUAUCUUGUCGAACAAUGUAUUGUUUAAAAGGAAUUUAAAAUCAAUUGCUGAGCUAUAGUUUGAGUCCAAAUACAGACUGGGAAGGUAUUAAGUUGAGAAAAAUUAAACUAACAUCUUUAUAAAGUAUUGAGUAACUUGAGCUUUGAGGUCUUAGUUCUUUGUACAUAGCAAUGGGUGUCAUCAUUAUUUGGGUUGUCAUAAAUUUCUGUCUUUCCAGCUGGAACUGACUGAGCUAAUUUAAGUGUGAAAGCUGUUGCUGUCUAAUUAGCAGCAACUGCUAUUCACAGAUGCUUCUUCACUAACACAAAACUGUAUCUAUUUAAUCUUCAGGCCAUUAAGGCUUCUAAUGACACUUCUAGCAUAACUGUCCAACUGAUUAAUUGGCAUUUCACUUGCAUUCCUAGUGGCUCUGAUAUCCAGCCUGGGAAGCCAGUAAGUAUCUCCUUACUUGUUUUCAGGCUGAAUUAUUGAUGUUUGCAAUGUAACAUUUACUGUGUUAUGAAAGAAAAGCUCGCAGGCUUUUUACUAAGCCUUUGUACAGUUGAUGACACUUUAUUUUGGAGGCAAUCAUGAAAUAACUAUAAUUUGGGGUUUACUGUUUUUUGUAUUUUUGAUUGUU